ACGGGGAACCCCGGGUCGUCCAUGAACCUUCUAGAACCUUCCAGGGCUCACCUUCAGAGAUAACCUUCCUGGCCUCUCCUCCUGUGGGACCAUGGCUCCUCUCUUCCUCCUCCUCCUCCUCCCCGCGCUGGAUGCUGCCAGGACGAAGCCCAACGUGGUGCUCCUCAUGGCCGACGACCUGGGCAUCGGGGAUCCCGGCUGCUACGGGAACAAGACACUCAGGACGCCCAACAUCGACCGCCUGGCCAGAGAGGGGGUGAAGCUCACACAGCAUCUGGUGCCCACCCCUCUCUGUACGCCCAGCAGGGCGGCCUUCAUGACUGGACGCUACCCCGUACGCUCAGGCAUGGCGUCUCGGUCUCAAGUCGGGGUGUUCCUGUUCACCGCCUGCUCUGGGGGGCUUCCCAGCAGCGAGGUCACGUUCGCCCAGCUCCUGAAGGACCGAGGAUAUUCCACUGCGCUCGUUGGGAAAUGGCACGUGGGUGUGCACUGUCACAACAAGACGGACUUCUGCCAUCACCCGCUGCGUCACGGGUUCGAGUCCUUCUACGGCAUCUCCACCACCAACAUGCGGGACUGCAAGCCCGGCGCGGGCACCGUGUUCAGCCGCGCCUUCCGCUGGCUGGUCUUCGUCCCGCUGCAGGCGCUGGGCGUCACGUUGCUGAUGCUGGGCGCCCUGCGCUUCCUGGGCCUCGUGCUGGUGCCCCCAGCGCUGUUCAUCCUGCUGGCGCUGCUGGCCGCCGCCAUCCUGCUCCUCUUCCUCGCAUUCCUGCGUUACUUCCGGCCGCUCAACUGCUUCCUCAUGAGGAACUUCGACGUGGUGCAGCGACCCUUCACCUACCACAACCUCACCCAGGGCCUGGUGGACGAGGCCACGCAGUUCAUCCAACGGAAUACCCAGACGCCCUUCCUGCUCUUCCUGUCUUUCCUCCAAGUGCACACGGCUCUCUUCUCCUCCCCGGCCUUCACCAACAGGAGCCAUCAUGGGGCGUACGGCGACGCGGCCGAGGAGAUGGACUGGGCAGUGGGGAGGAUCUUGGAUGCGCUGGACAGGUUGGGAUUGGCCAACGACACCUUGGUCUACUUCACCUCGGAUCAUGGCGCCCACGUGGAAGAAGUCACGCCCCGGGGGGAGGUCCAUGGCGGGAGCAACGGAAUGUUCCGGGGGGGCAAAGCCAACACCUGGGAAGGAGGCAUCCGUGUCCCGGGCCUGGUCCGCUGGCCGGGCGUCCUGCGGCCUGGCCUGGAGGUGGAUGAGCCCACCAGCACCAUGGACGUCUUCCCCACGCUGGCCGCGCUGGCCGGGGCCCCCUUGCCCAGGGACAGGAUCAUCGAUGGCCGUGACUUGAUGCCCCUACUUCGAGGAGAAAUCGCCCGCUCUGAGCAUGAGUUCCUCUUCCACUACUGCAACUCCUACCUGAACGCCGUACGCUGGCACCCGAAGAACAGCACGUCCAUCUGGAAGGCCUUCUACUUCACGCCCAACUUCAGCCCCCCGGGUUCCAAUGGCUGCCACGACACCCACGUGUGCCUGUGUCAUGGCCGCCACGUCACACGCCAUGACCCCCCGCUGCUUUUUGACCUCUCCCGUGACCCCCGCGAGCUCACACCCCUGACACCCGCCACCGAGCCACGCUUCCACGCUGUGCUGCGCGCCAUGGCCCAGGCCGCCCAGAGACACAAGGACACCGUGCCCCGCCACGUCACCAACCAGCUCUCAAUGGGCCACCUGCUCUGGAAGCCAUGGCUGCAGCUGUGAUGUGGGUUGUGCAGCUCCUCCUCCAUCCAUCCACCCAUCCACCCAUC